CAAGGGGCAUGAGGAGAGGGAAGAAAAGUCCAAAUUGCACAUGCAGAAGUCCUUGCUCUAAUGGGACUUCAUUGGAUGCAACCCCAUCUGCCCUAUAGUUCAUAUAACUGCCAUAAUUGAAUUUUGUGCCAUUACUCCUUUUCACUUUUUCUGGGGGAAGAUAAUUGGCACAUAAAGAUACACAUAAAGAUAUAUACAUAAAAAUAUGUAUAAUAUGAAUUGUAAUUGUUUAAAAGGUGUUUAAUGAUACAGCACAAGAGAUGUGGACCGGAAAUCCAGGUGCUUUUGCAAAUUUUUGCAGUAUAGUUUCUUUGUAAUCUUUUUGUACCUCAGUCAACUCAUUCCUUGCUUCUUAUAUCUGUCAAUAUUGUUGGAAAAUUUAGCCUGCUGGAACAAUUUUUUUUUUCAUUUACAGAUACACAAAGGCAGGGAGAAAACAACUGACCAACUGAUUCUUUUCUUCUAACUUUAAGUGAAGAGAUGUGUGUGAUUGACAGAACCACAAACAAGAAUUCUACAGAGGCUCAGCCUGUUCUAGGACUGGUCUUGGGUAGCAUCUCCCUGAUCACAGUUGUCAUGAAUAUUUUGGUCCUGUAUGCAGUGAGAACAGAAAAGAAACUGCAAACAGUUGGCAAUCUUUAUAUUGUCAGUCUUUCAUGUGCAGAUGUUAUAGUUGGGGCAGCUGUCAUGCCACUAAACAUUGUGUACUUGCUGAAGGAUAAAUGGAUCUGGAACAGAAAUGCUUGCCUGUUUUGGCUGUCAAUGGAUUAUGUUGCUAGCACAGCCUCCAUAUUCAGUCUCUUCAUACUUUGCAUAGAUCGUUACCGUUCUGUCCAGCAGCCACUAAAAUAUCUCAAGUACCGGACCAAAACUAGAGCCUCUGUUAUGAUAUCAGUAGCUUGGCUGCUCUCUUGUAUGUGGGUGAUCCCGAUCCUUGGCUGGCGUAAUUUUUAUAAGGAGAGCAACACCACUGUUAACAAUGGGGCUGAUAAUGGAAAUAUAUGUGAAACAGAUUUCUGCAAUAUCGUGUGGUUUAAAGUUUUGACAGCCAUGAUAAACUUUUAUGUGCCAUCACUGCUGAUGCUUUGGUUCUAUGCAAAAAUAUACAAGGCUGUCCAGCGGCAUUAUCGGCACCGGGAGCGCAUAAAUGGGUCUUUUAUAUCAUCCUCGGAAAAAUCAGGUAUGUACAGUGGAAGGCUGCAAGAAGUGCAAAAAAAAUGUUUCCGAAGCACAAGUAAAGAUAUUGGACACGUCUCAAACGAGAACAGCUGUGACCAGAACAAAAGAACGGUAGCCAAAUAUCCAACAAACAGUUUUGUUAACGUCCCAAAGGAUUUUCGUUGCAGUAACCAUGAAGUAGUGAAGCUUAGCUGUUUUCCUCUAGCCCUUGCACAGAGUGACGUGAAAAAAGGCACUUCAGGCAUGAGGUAUGACUGUGUCGAUAAAAGCACUCAGAAUACAGAGAACCUUUGCCCCCAAGACUUUGAGUUAAACAAGACUUUGGAUGAGAAGAUUUAUGCAGAGCAGCCUCCCUGCAGAAAUUACUCUGAUUUCACUCUAGAGGAUCAUCCUUAUAUCGAAGGGUGUUUCCCUCAGUAUACCAACAAAAAAGACAGCACAAGUCUCAGUCAGUUGAAGAAGACAUGGGAGAAGCUAUGCAGCCAUUCCAUGAGUGUUAAUCAAGGGUUGCGUAUGAACAGAGACAGAAAGGCAGCCAAACAAUUGGGAUUCAUAAUGGCGGCAUUUAUGCUGUGCUGGAGUCCGUAUUUCGUUUUCUUCAUGGUCAUGGCCUAUUGUGAAAGCUGCUACAAUCGGCCAGUUCAUAUGUUUACUAUUUGGCUUGGCUAUGUAAAUUCUACUUUAAAUCCAUUUAUAUACCCACUCUGUAAUGAGAACUUCAAAAAGGCUUUCAAGAAGAUAUUUCAUAUGAAACCCUAACUUCUUUUUUUUUUGGAAUAUUCCGGGGUGGAGUGAGGCAGGGGACCCUCAGUAUCAUGGUGGAAGGAAAAAUUGACUUUCUAGUACCAUACAGAAUAAUUGCAAACACAGUGAAUUCUUUUAGAACAUCCUUGGGAACUGAAGAAAUUGAAAAGAGUGAAAAACAAAAAGGAGAGAUUUGGACAAUUUCAG